GGCGUCCGCCUCCCAGCCAGCCAGCGGGGAGGGAACUUCAGGGACAGGGCCGCUCGGGACGGGGACGGCACCCGAAGACAGUUCAGGCUGGAGGCGUCCACUGCGGCCCAGGCCAGGCGGCCCUGGCCCCGCGCGCCUGCCGCCAUGCAAGACGGCAACUUCCUGCUGUCGGCCCUGCAGCCCGAGGCCGGCGUGUGCUCCCUGGCGCUGCCCUCCGACCUGCAGCUGGACCGCCGGGGCGCCGAGGGGCCGGAGGCUGAGCGGCUGCGCGCCGCCCGGGUCCAGGAGCAGGUCCGCGCUCGCCUCCUGCAGCUGGGCCAGCAGGCGAGGCACAACGGGACGGCCGAGCCGGACGGGGCGGCCAGAGGCUCGCCAUGGGGCCAGUUCCACACUCUGCAGGCAGGCUUCAGCUCCCGCUCGCAGGGCCAGAGUGGGGACGGCGCCUCGACCUACCGGCAGCUCGCCAAACCCUCCUACAGCCCGGCUGCCUGGUCCUCCCGCUCGGCGGUGGACCUGAGCUGUGGACGGAGGAUGAGCUCCGCCCACAACGGGGGCGGCGCCUACGGGGUCACAGGGUACGGAGGAGCCCAGCCCGCCGCCUGCCUCAGCACCCGGCCUGUGUCCUUCCACGAGCGCGGAGGUGGCGGAGGCAGCCGGGUGGACUACGACACCUUGUCCCUUCGCUCACUGCGGCUGGGCCCUGGGGCCCUGGAUGACCGCUGCAGCGUGGUAUCCGAGCAGCUGGAGCCCGCAGCCACCUCCGCCUACAGGGCCUUCGCCUACGAGCGCCAGGCCAGCUCCAGCUCCGGCCGGGCAGGCGGCCUGGACUGGCCGGAGGCUGUGGAGGGUCCGCCGCCCAGCCGGACUAUCCGUGCCCCUGCCAUGCGGACCCUGCAGCGAUUCCAGAGCAGCCACCGCAGCCGCGUGGCGGCUGGGGCGGUGCCAGGGCCCAUCCUGGAGCCCGUGGCCCGAGCACCUUCGGUGCGCAGCCUCAGCCUGGGCGAAGCCGGCCACCUGCCGGAUGUGCGUGGGCUGGACAGCUACGGCGGUCAGCGCACUCUGCAGAGGCUCAGCAGUGGCUUCAAUGACAUUGACCUGCCGUCGGCAGUUAAGUACCUCAUGGCCUCGGACCCGAACUUGCAGGUGCUGGGAGCGGCCUACAUCCAGCACAAGUGCUACAGCGACGCUGCGGCCAAGAAGCAGGCCCGCAGCCUCCAGGCUGUACCCCGGCUGGUGAAGCUCUUCAACCACGCCAACCAGGAGGUGCAGCGCCAUGCCACGGGCGCCAUGCGCAACCUGAUCUACGACAACGCGGAGAACAAGCUGGCCCUGGUGGAGGAGAACGGCAUCUUCGAGCUGCUGCGGACGCUGCGCGAGCAGGACGACGAGCUGCGCAAGAACGUCACAGGGAUCCUGUGGAACUUGUCCUCCAGCGACCAUCUGAAGGACCGCCUGGCCCGAGACACGCUGGAGCAGCUCACGGACCUGGUGCUGAGCCCCCUCUCGGGGGCUGGGGGCCCACCCCUCAUCCAGCAGAACGCCUCUGAGUCCGAGAUCUUCUACAACGCCACGGGCUUCCUCAGGAACCUCAGCUCAGCCUCCCAGGCCACUCGCCAGAAGAUGCGGGAGUGCCACGGGCUGGUGGACGCCCUGGUCACCUACAUCAACCACGCCCUGGACGUGGGCAAGUGCGAGGACAAGAGCGUGGAGAACGCCGUGUGCGUGCUGAGGAACCUGUCCUACCGCCUGUACGACGAGAUGCCGCCGUCAGCCUUGCAGCGACUCGAGGGCCGGGGCCGCAGGGACGUGGCUGGGGCGCCGCCCGGCGAGGUGGUGGGCUGCUUCACGCCGCAGAGCCGGCGGCUUCGAGAGCUGCCCCUCACUGCCGACGCGCUGACCUUCGCCGAGGUGUCCAAGGACCCCAAGGGCCUCGAGUGGCUGUGGAGCCCCCAGAUCGUGGGCCUGUACAACCGCCUCCUGCAGCGCUGCGAGCUCAACCGGCACACCACGGAGGCGGCCGCGGGGGCCCUGCAGAACAUCACCGCCGGGGACCGCAGGUGGGCGGGCGUGCUCAGCCGCCUGGCUCUGGAGCAGGAGCGCAUCCUGAACCCGCUGCUGGACCGCGUCCGCACGGCCGACCACCACCAGCUGCGCUCGCUGACCGGCCUCAUCCGGAACCUGUCCCGGAACGCCAGGAACAAGGACGAGAUGUCCACGAAGGUGGUGAGCCACCUGAUCGAGAAGCUGCCGGGCAGCGUGGGCGAGAAGUGCCCCCCGGCGGACGUGCUGGUGAACAUCAUCGCCAUACUCAACAACCUGGUGGUGGUCAGUCCCAUCGCGGCCCGAGACCUGCUGUACUUUGACGGGCUCCGCAAGCUGGUCUUCAUCAAGAAGAAGCGCGACAGCCCUGACAGCGAGAAGUCCUCCCGAGCGGCCUCCAGCCUCCUGGCCAAUCUGUGGCAGUACAACAAGCUCCACCGGGACUUCCGGGCGAAGGGUUAUCGGAAGGAGGACUUCCUGGGCCCCUAGGCAAGGCCUUCCUGGAGGAGGAGGAGGACGCAACGUGACCCAGCCUCCGAGGGACAGGCUUGGCUCCGCACCGCCUGCCAGCCGGCCCGGAGGAGAAGGCCGAUGGCCCGGGGGCCGCUCGCUGCCGCCCCACGUGCAGCUUGGAAAGGCCUGGGCCACCAGGGAGGAGACGGGGGUGGGGCGGGGCGGGGGGGCUUCCAGCUGGGGACUUGGCUUCUGCAGGGCAGGGAGUGGGGCAGGGCUUGAGGCUGCUCUGGUGUGUG